AUGGCCGACCAACCACCGAACAAGAGGCCGUUGGAUGCCUCUGAUCACAAUCAACCUGCUAAAAAACUACAUAGGACAGACACUGUUGGCAGUCGGAAUACUGCCAUAGAUUUAUCCAUAGUCAUUCCACUGGGCGUAGCUUCGAGUAGCUCGGGAUCAGGCUUUAGCAUCAAGAAGGGCAACGCUAAAGCCUCUGAAACUCCUCCUCAAGGUCCUCAUGGCACUCCCAAGAUCAAAAAGGCAAUGAAACCUACGAAAAGGCCUUUAAAAUCAUUCUCUGAUGAUAUUAAUGAUGAUCCUUUUGGUGAGAAAUGGGUUGUCAGAGGAUCGCCUGAAAAGCACAAGCCGCAGUCUGAAAAGUCGACGCCAUCUUCAUCACAUGAAGUCGUGCCUGAGAUGAAGAAGGAAUCGGGCUGUGCUGGUGCUGAGAAUAGUAAAAGUGAUGCUAAAAGUAUAGAUAGUCUUUCGAUCAAACCAAGUGUCAUUAGCACCUCGCCAUACUUUGCACCUGCUGAUAGUAGUAGUAAACCUCCACAAACAUUUACCAGUAUCGGGCAGCCACAAUCCACCACUAGCCGCCAAACUGAAGUGUAUGCUGUUGCUGCUCGUGCCAGGCAAGUCGUAACAACAAUUUCUGCAAGUAGCCCGCCGAGAGUGCUAGCUCCUGCUACAGAUGAAGCUAGUGAGGAAGAAGAAGACGGUAUAGAGUACCAACGGGCUCAAGCUGAUUUAUUUAUUGCCGAGCCAUCAAAUGUCUUGGUACCGCCAUCAGAAUUCGAUAUACCAGUAAUAGAUAACGAUGCACAGCUAGCUUCUCUCAUGGAGGCCUUCCCCGAUACCGACUUGGUUGAGAUUCAAAAUGCUCUGGACGCUUGUGGAGGCGACGCAUCAAAGGUGCCCGAAAUAUUAUGUAUACAGGAGACCGAGGACGAAGACGAUGAUGACGAUGUAAUACAGCGAGGUCGUAAAGGAUCUAAACGUUUUCGCAAGGCACCUAGAAUUGGUGCGUCGUCACCCUCUGGUAGUGUUUUCGUCGUACCAGAUGGAGCAACAAGCAAUUAUGUUAAACCAACCAAGAACCGUGCACAAGUCAAACCAGCACCUACAUUAGCUCCUGAAAUCGUCAAACCGGCCAAGAAAACCUUGCCAGUCAAACCAGCACCUAUACUAGUGAACUCUGACGAUAUGGAAGUUGACGACGACGAAUUGGAGGACGAUGACGAUACCAUAAAACAAAGGCUCAUGCGUGAAGAAAAGGCACUGUCCUUCUUUUCCAUGGCUUCUAUUGACGAUAUAAUGGAGUAUACGAACUGCUCUGUUGAUGCUGCUAAACUCGUACUACAGCGAGAACGGCCAUUCUCCAGUUAUCGUGCUAUGAAAAAGGCCUUGGCUUCUGAAAAGAAGUCCAAGCAUCUGCUGGAUAAAUACAACACUACGAUGGACUCUUUUGACUCUGUCGAUCAAUUUGUUAACACCUGUGAGAAGACUGGAAAAGAAUUUGCGGCAUCAUUAGAAAAGUGGGCACAAGAAGACGAUGUAGUCGUGUCUCCAACUAGAUCCAGGAAGGCACCUACUAUACCUAGCAAUAGCAUGGAGGCAGACGAUGUGGAUAUAGAGAAUGAUGAUGAUGAUGAGUCUGAUGGCGGUAUGGCUCUUCUCACAGUGGACGAUAAAGAAGUGUCGUCAAAGCUAGUGACACCGAAGUUACUAUCGCCUCUAAUGAAACUAAAGUCUUAUCAGCUUAUUGGUGUGAAUUGGCUAUAUCUCUUGUAUAAAAGUGGUCUUGGAGGAAUCUUGGCUGAUGAGAUGGGUUUAGGAAAAACUGCUCAAGUUAUUGCCUGGCUCGCCCUUUUAAAGGAGAAGCAAGAAGGUGGUCUAUCAUUGAUUGUCGUGCCCUCGUCAGUGUUAGAUAACUGGAUGAGAGAAUUCGAGCAGUGGUGUCCUGAUUUACAAGUAUUCCCAUACUUUGGAAAUCAGAAUGAACGUUAUGCACAACAACGUGAAUUCAAGGACGAUAUUAACAGCUAUGACUGCAUACUCACCACGUAUAAUCUGAUAUCGAGCAACAAAGAAGAUCGCAGCUUUUUCAAAAAGCUGCCUAUUCAGUCAAUGAUACUUGACGAAGGACAUAUGGUCAAGAAUAUGACGUCAAAUCGCUACACACAUCUAAUGAGACUCAAAGUCAAGCAACGUUUGCUGCUGACUGGUACACCAUUACAAAAUAAUCUCAUGGAGCUUCUGUCAUUAUUGACCUUCAUCAUGCCCGAUAUUGGUGAACACGUUGCAACUCUUCAGCAAGUGCUACAGACAAGGUCUACUGGUGCUGAAGCUGUUGAACGAAUAAGAGUCGCAAAGAAGAUUAUGAAACCGUUUGUGUUGAGGAGGAAGAAGGAUCAAGUCUUGAAGGAGCUACCACCUAAAAUAUCCCGCAACGAAUAUUGCACAUCUACUCCUCGCCAGCGUAAACUAUACCUAGAAAUCGAGUCUCAAUCGAAAAAAGACUGGGCAGUUGCAGAAGCUAGCAAGAGUCAAAAGGGCAAGAGUAAAAAGGAUCAAGCUGGUGCAAAGAAAAAGACGUUUAACGUCUUGAUGCAAUUACGAAAGGCGGCCAUUCACCCCUUGUUAUUCAGACAACUAUAUUCUGACGAUACAGUUCGAAAGAUUGCUCAUGAACUGCAACGAACUCCGGAAUAUUAUGAUACCGAUUACGAUCUUGUAUGUGAAGACUUGUCGGUGAUGAGUGAUUUCGAGAUUCACUGCCUGUGCAUGAAGCAUUCGGUUUUGCGCCCUAGAUUGCUGACUGAAGAAGCAUGGAUGGAUGCUGGCAAGAUUCAGAAGCUAAAGGAGCUACUUGUACCCAUGAAGGAGAACGAGGAUAAGGUUUUAAUUUUUUCGCAGUUUGUCAUGGUUUUGGACGUACUCGAGAAAGUAUUGGAGUCGCUUCAUAUGAGCUUCACGAGACUGGAUGGGUCGACGGAUGUUUCGGAUAGACAAGAUUUGAUUGACGAGUAUAAUGCAGUCGAUUCCAAUACGUUUAUAUUCCUCCUCUCUACCAAAGCAGGUGGUCAAGGAUUGAAUUUAACAGCAGCUAAUGUAGUCAUUUUCAUGGAUCUAGAUUUCAAUCCCCAAAAUGACUGCCAAGCAGAAUGUCGAGCUCAUCGAGUAGGUCAAACAAGACCUGUCACGGUCUACAAGUUAAUCUCAUCCAACACGAUUGAGGAACACAUCCUGCAGCUCUGUGAACGCAAGCUUGUGCUUGACGAGAGGUUUCAAAAGGGUGACGAGGAACGAGACGCAGAGUCUAAAGAGAGUGAGAAGGCGCUUAUGGAAUUGCUGUAUGCUGAUUGGACGCAACGUGCAUAA